GCAAGCCUUUGCGACCACCCAACAUAACCUCUCCGUCCAAAAAAAAAAGAAAGUACCUAGCUUUUCCAGUAUUAUCAAUUUCUGCAGAAAAAUGUUCGGGAACUUCAGAAAUAGCGACUGGAGGAACGGACUGCUCAGGGACAUGAAAGAUCCCACAAAGCAGCUGCUGCGCACUGAUUUAGCGGUGGUCAUAGCCGACAAGUUUCCCCGCUCCAAGCACCACUAUUUGGUACUUCCGGUCGAGGAUAUCGACACCAUUUACGAGUUGAAGCCCCAACACGCCUCACUGCUGGAGGACAUGAAGGCAUUGGGCGUGCAAAAGGUUGAGCAGCUCAAGGAUGGCUUCACGCUGGCCGACUUCCGGUUCGGGUUCCACAUGGGAGCGAAGCUGCACCGGCUGCAUCUGCACGUCAUUUCGCAGGACUUUGUGUCGGACCGGUUGCGCAAGUACGAGCAGUGGAACGGGUACAAUACGGCGUAUUUUAUGCCGUUUGAGGACAUUUUGAACGAACUCAAGGAAAAAGGAAAGAUCGCGAGAAGACCAAAGGCUUUGAUUGACCGCUUGUUGCAAACUCCGCUUGUCUGCAAUCAAUGUCCGGAUCGGUUCGAUAGCCUCGGCGGUCUCAAGUCACAUUUGGACAACCAUUGGUUGGAGAAAUCAUUUAAGAAGAUAAACAUAGCAUAACAAACUGUUAAAAACUUUUGAGG